GCAAUGGGGGCUAGGUGGACAACAUGUGGAAUCCAGUGUUCUUGUUUCCCACUUUUGAUUCUUGUUCUAGCUCAUGGGUGUUCUUCCCUGAAUCUCGAGGGAUUGGCAUUGUUGGAUUUUCAAGCAAGAGUUUCUCAUGAUCCAUAUGGGGCCUUUGUGAGUUGGGAUGUCGAGGACCAUAAUCCGUGCUCAUGGUCUCAUGUUCACUGUGUCUUUGGUCAUGUGCAAGCGCUUGAUCUCAAAGGGCUAUCUUUGGAAGGUGUCCUUGCACCCGAGUUAGGGAAUCUCACUCACUUGAGACGUCUCAUCCUCUCAGAUAACCAUUUUUCUGGAGUUCUUCCCAAGGAGCUUGGUGAGCUCAAUAGAUUGGAGGUACUGGACUUGAGGGAUAAUAACUUGAUUGGAAGUAUUCCACCAGAGAUAGGAAGGAUGCAAUCACUAACAUUUUUGUUACUUUAUAACAACAAUCUUGAAGGAACCAUUCCCCCGGAAAUCGAGAGCCUCAAUUUGCUCUACGAGUUGCAAUACAAUCAUAACUUCACAUUCGGUGUAACAGAUGCAAUUGGAAAUUUAAACAGGAAACUCGGGCGCUGUAUCUGGCAGGGCGGUUCUAAUCAUCUUAGGAAUACAGAUUCUCUUCUAUCCCCAUUUAAAGAAACUGUUAUAAAUUACCUCAAGCCGUUCCAACCGUUUAGCAAGGGCAUUUUAGACAAUUCGUAUGCUAAUGAAGAAAUUCGAAAUGUACACAUUGAUGGAACCCUUACAAGCCGUAAGCUAGCCGAGGAGCCUGCAAAUCUAGUAUCUGCAUCUUCUUCUCGGGAUAAGGAAAAGAUUAAAAUCUCAGAUAGCCCAUCUGGAUCACCUGGAACUCCCACGUCAGAAAGUGAAAGUAAUUCAGAUUUGUUGAAGAUCAUGAUUGGAGUAUCUUGUGGAGCUUUCCUACUAAUCACUGCUCUAGCUCUAUUUCUCUACAGAAGAUUUUCAGUUGUGAAGACCAUGGGUCCAUGGAGGCCUGGGCUUAGUAAACAACUGCAGAAAGCAUUUGUUACUGGCAUUCCUAAACUAGAUCGAGCAGAGCUAGAAACAGCAUGUGAGGAUUUCAGCAACAUUAUCGAGACAAUGACAGGUUGUACGCUAUAUAAAGGGACAUUAUCAAAUGGAGUUGAGAUUUGCGUUGCUUCAACGACCAUCACUACACUCAAGGAUUGGUCAAAACAUGCAGAAAAAGAGUUUCACAAGAAGAUUGACACGUUAUCACGCGUGAACCACAAAAACUUUGUUAACCUUAUUGGUUAUUGUGAAGAGGAUGAACCAUUUGCUAGAAUGAUGGUAUUUGAGUACGCUCCAAGUGGCUCACUCUCGGAACAUCUACAUGUUCAAAUGCUUGAACAUCUUGACUGGAGUUCGAGGAUGAGAAUUAUUAUGGGAGUUGCAUAUUGUCUCCAGUGCCUGCAUGAGUUGAGUCCUCCUGUGGUGCAUAUACAUCUGAAUUCAAAAAUGAUCUAUUUAACCGAUGAUAAUGCUGCCAAAGUUGCAGAUAUGAGUUUUUGGAGAGAGUUUGAAUCGAAAGCGAAGAGACCAGAGGGAAAUGAGUCUAUGCAGCGAUCGCCUGCUGAUAAGGAGACAAACAUAUACAGCUUCGGUGUUUUUUUGCUUGAAAUCAUAUCUGGGAAGCAUCCUUAUUCGGACAAACAAGAGCCUCUUGUAACUUGGGCCAAAGAUUUUCUUACCAACAAGCAAAACAUCAACCAUAUAAUUGAUCCAAGAUUAAAGUCUUUCAAGCAGAACGAACUUGAGGUUGUGUGCAAAAUCAUUCAAGAUUGCAUCCAAAAGGAUGCUAGCAAGAGACCAACAAUAAACGAAAUAGUUCCAAAACUUCGGGAAGUUCUCAUGAUUUCACCCGAGCAAGCAACCCCUAGACUCUCUCCACUCUGGUGGGCUGAACUCGAGCUUCUAUCAGAAGAAUCAUCAUAA